UUACUAGGUGAAAGCGUCAAGAGACCCCUACAUCUCUAAUUCGUUUGUAUGGUGGUGAGCACACACACAUCAAUAUGCUCUCAAGGCUAAAGUGCGGUGGGGUAUAGGAAGGAGGAAGAAGGAAAGAAGGAAAAAGAAAAGGAGGAAAAAGAAAAGGAUGAAAAAGAAAAGAAGGAAAACAGCGUUGGUUUUGUGCGAGAAGAUUCAUCCGAUUCCUCACUUGGUGAGAUGCCCAUAAGUUUGGAAUGGCUGCAAAUAGACAGUGAAGAUUUUCGAAAGUUCAUGUUUCGUCAUUGUAAAGCAAACUUGGGGAUGUUUAAUAUCGAAAGGCUUGUCUCCUGUAGUAAAGAAAGCCUGUAUGAUUGCCUGAUGAAGACUCUCCAAGAACGAGAAGGGAAGGAGGCGGAGAUGGCCGCCGAUUGCCUGAGGUUGAUGGCUGACCAGCUACGCUCCGAGGGUUCGAGUCUGUUUGACAAGAUUUACCCGGACCUCACCACCAUGUUGACAGGCAGCUCCACCCACUACAAGACUCGCGCGGCCUGUGCCACGACACUGGCCACCUGGUGCUACCUGUGUUCCAGUGACAUGCAGAAAGUGAAAACGGUGAGUAAAAUAUUGGAAGACAUGCUGAGUCAAGGCAAUGGACAGGGAGACAACUCCCCCACUUUAACACCAGAACAGAUCUGGGUGAUGUGCCACGUCUUGAAGGCUUGGUGUCUUCUGCUGGCCAGCUGUACACCAGAUGAACUCCAGGCCCACAUUAACAAUCACGUGGGUUCUCUGAAGGAGUUACUAAAGAGUUCUGACCAGGAGCUGCGCAUCACAGCUGGGGAGACGAUCGUCAUGCUUUAUGAGCUGGCUGGAGGUUCUGAUAAGGACUGUAAAGAGAUGGAGGAUAAAGCAAGUCUUCGUGAAAUGUUAAAUGGGCUGGCAACAGAUUCUGUGAAAUUUAGGGCCAACAAAGGCAGAGGACAUUGGAAAGCAUGUUUUAGAGAUGUUCAUCGCACUAUUGUGGCAGGUUACAUGCAGAUUGUUGUCAGUAAGGACAGGACAAAGUUUAGUGCCACAAGGGAGAUUGAGUGCCAAACUGCCUCACGUAAUGUGGAGACAUCUGUUGCGGCCUCUAGUUAAAAUAGUUGAACGUUUGGCCUAAUAUUUAUCUGACCACUUAUGAAUCGAUUGUGAGCACCAUCUAGAUUCUCAUCAUCAAAUUAAACAAAUAUUGAUGUUGCUUUUUACAAAAUAAUUUUUUGCGGUGCAUUUUUUUCGUCUAUAUCUGUAGCCUGGUUGAAAGUGAUGGUUUUUUAAGGUAAUUUGACAUUAUUUUCAUUAUCUUAUUUAUUUUUUACAAUAUAUAUUAUGGUUUUAACUAACUUCGAUUUAAAUAAACUUAAUUUUCCUCUGUUGAGAAUAAUCAAUGCUAGAUCUAUAUGUGAUGUGCAUUUAUCAGUUAUUUAUUUUUGUAUUUAUUUAUCUAUCAUGGCAAUAUAUUUUAUAUGUUGUAAAAAUACAUAAUAGUGAAACAGCAUGGAAUCAAUUUAUUUAUUUUAGUCUAUUCUUAGUUAUGUUUCUUUGGUCAAUUUAUCCUCUGAGUUGAUUCAAAAUCAAGAAUGCACAACCAUGUUGUAUUCUGUAAGGCUAAUUAUAUGUGCAUCCAUACGUGUGUGUUUGUUAUAUUAAGGUAGUCAAAGGAACUUUGCGUUGUGCGGGAACAUUAACAUUCUUUGAUUAAUAAACACAUGUAU